AUGGCCAUUGUGGAGGACGAAAAGAGCGAGGUUUUUUUGCUUCAGCUCUAUCAUCAGGUUGAGAUGACGGAAGACAUUCUUGUCCCUGGCGGAAUAUUGAUCAUCAAAGACCCAUACCUGAAGCUCACCGCUGAUGGUCGGCACGGACUGCGCGUCGACCACGUCUCCGAUGCUGUUUUCCUACUGGCACAUGACAGACGCGUUCCCUCCUGUUGGCACUCGGAGCUCACGAACCCCCAGCUCAAGAGCGCCGACUUUUGGAAAACAAAGGGAAAAGAAUUUUUGGUCAAUCAAGAUAUCAGGCCGCAGUUGAACAUCUUUGAUGUGGGAAGCCUACUUAUUCGUCAGUCUGGAUCCCGUGGGAGGGGCCUUUUCACCACCAAAGCAGUCAAGACAGGUGAUCUUAUGUUUUGUGAAAAGGCGUUUGCAUACGCAUUUCAUGAGGGUGAAGGAACGAGCGGCGACAGCAGCAGGCUGACGAUGAAUCUCCUGAUUGACAUCAAUGCCAACAGCUUCACCUCUGGAGCCCAGCCGGAACUCAUCACCAUGCUCGUGCGAAAGCUUUACCGGAAUCCCUCUCAGACUUCUGCGGUCAAGGGCCUCCACUGCGGCUCAUAUUCGCCCGUUCAGGGCACCUUUGACAUCAUUGACGGAAUGCCAGUCAUUGACUCGUUUCUCCUCACCCGCAUCCUCCUCUUGAACAGUUUCGGCUGCAAAUUUCCGGAAAAAGCUGGUGCUCUCAAGCGGCCGGUAGGAAUUGAUCGCCUCGGCAACGUAUUUCCCUCGCUGGGUCUUUGGACCUUUGCAUCUCAUAUGCACCAUUCCUGUCUGAGCAACGCCUUCUGCUCCUUCAUCGGGGACAUGACGAUCGUACGUGCGAUUGCGGACAUUCCUGUCGAUGCCGAGAUCACCAUUCAGUACUUGAACCCCUUCAAUCCGCAACGUCAGCAAAAGUAUAUCAUAAACUGGGCUUUUGCCUGCGACUGUGCCAUGUGUGAGGAUGAUGACCACACAAGCGACAUAGUUAUUGCCAAAAGGAAGAGACUGGGCGAGUCACUUCAACAGUUGCUCCGUCUCCUGUCUCGGCGUGGCGGCUCUUCCGGCACUGCGGGAAUUGCAAGCCUGAUUCGCAAGAGCAGCGACCUGCUCGCCGAGAUGGAGGAGACAUACAUCAAGCCCACGGAGGAGGUGCCGCGCCUGACCCUAUGGGUUGGCUACCGAGACUUCGCGUGCGCAUUAACAUUGACAGGAGCAGGCCUUAGUUCCAACGCCCAAAAGGCGAUCGAGAUUGGCUUGAAGGCUCUGCGAUGCCUGAGGUUUGUGAUCGAGAGUGGAAGUUUGGGGUCAAAUCAAGGGUUGGUUGUGAAAAAAUGGGGGUAUAUGGCGCCCGGAGAGCUUGACUGUUGGAUCUGUCUAAAGACUGCCUAUGACUGUACCGGAUCUCAUGAGCUGGCGCUGGCAGCUGAGGGGUGCGCAAAGGUGUGUUGCAGAAUUCAGCUCGGGGAAGCUGAGACUUUUCAGUGA